AUGAGCUCUCCGGCCCUUCUCCGCGCCGCCAUCCUCAUUGUUUCCGACACAGCAGCAGCCGACCCAUCCACUGACAAGGCUUUCCCCGUUCUCAAAGAGACAUUCUUCGAAGACGGAGCGGGGAAAUGGGCUGAACCCAUUGUUGAAAUCGUCAAGGAUGACAUCGUCGAGAUCCAACGUGUCGUACGUUCCUGGACAGACAAUGAAACCAGCAGCUCUGGCAUCGUGAACCUCGUCGUCACGACAGGAGGAACAGGCUUUGCCCGUCGAGAUUUCACGCCCGAAGCAAUUGCGCCGCUGAUCCAUCGCCAUGCACCAGGCAUUGUGCACGGUAUGCUUACGGCUUCGUUCCAAGUCACUCCGUUCGCUAUGAUGGCUAGACCCGUGGCAGGUGUGCGGAACAAAUCGAUCAUCAUCACCUUGCCGGGCUCGCCGAAAGGUGCUAGGGAGAAUCUUCAAGCUGUGCUGAAAUUGUUACCCCACGCUUGCAUGCAAGCUGCUGGCGAGGAUUCGAGAGCUGCUCAUUCCGGCGGAGUCCGGAAGUUAGAAAAGGACGCUGGCGUUUCCUCUGCCUCAAAUGGCUCUUCUACUACCACAACAGUCCGUGACCGCUCACAUCACCACCCUCAUCGCCACGAUCAUGAUCACGAUCACAACCACGGAGGCGGUGGCCAUAGAAUCCCCAAAGCACAUACUGACCCGUCUGUACGACCACAAUCCAACGACCCCCGCCUCGGCGCCACGGCUCGUGCUCGCUCGUCUCCCUACCCAAUGCUCAGCGUCGCAGAUGCCGUCGCUAAGAUCCUCGAAAAUUCCCCUGCCCCCAUCCCAGAACUGCGAGACACCUCCCCCGACCUAAUCGGCUACGUGAUCGCCGAAGACAUCAAAGCAGCCGAAGCAGUCCCCGCAUACCGCGCCAGUAUCGUCGACGGAUAUGCCGUGAUCGUCCCAGACAAAGCAGAAAUGGAAAAGGGAAAAUCAAUCAAAGGAAUCUUUCCUGUCGCCUCUGUCUCCCAUGCCCAAGCCGCAUCUCUCCCUCCGCCCUUGAAACCAGGCGAAAUCGCACGCAUCACCACAGGCGCACCACUGCCCCAAAACGCCAACGCCGUCGUAAUGGUUGAAGACACCGUCAUUUCCACACUGACAGAGGAUAAAAGUGAAGAAGCCAGCGUGGAAAUCCUGACCGACGAGCUCACCGUGGGCGAAAACAUCCGCGAACCAGGCAGCGAUGUCCAGCUUCACGAAACCAUCUUGACCAAAGGCACGCAAAUCAGUGCAUUGGGAGGCGAGAUCGGCGUGCUCGCGGCCGCGGGUAUUCAGCGUGUUCCUGUAUACCGCAAACCACGCGUCGGCGUCAUGUCGACAGGCGACGAAAUCAACGACAUUUCUAUCCCCGGUCCGCUGACGGGAGGUAUGAUUCGCGACUCGAACCGGCCGAGCUUACUCUCGGUGCUGCGUGGAUGGAGACUAUGCGAGGAAGUCGUCGAUUUACAUGUUGCUCGUGACACGCCCACGGGUGAGCUUGAAGGAAAACUCCGCGCUGCGUUCCGCGCGCACGCGCUCGAUAUCGUCAUCACGACGGGUGGCGUGAGUAUGGGAGAAUUGGAUCUGCUAAAACCCACUGUCGAAAGAGCGCUGGGCGGUGAAGUUCAUUUCGGUCGUGUGUCUAUGAAGCCAGGGAAACCGACGACGUUCGCCACCGUGCCGUUCAAGGCCUCCGAAUCUGGCGUGCGAGACACUAGACUGCUCUUCGGACUCCCAGGCAAUCCGGCCAGUGCGCUCGUCACGGCGAACUUGUUCGUGUUGCCGUGCGUGCAGAAGAUGGUUGGUCUCGAGGGGAAAGGUCUGCAGAGAGUCAGGGUAAAGGUCUCGGGCCGCGUGCGCUGUGAUAAGGCUCGCGUCGAGUAUCAUCGUGUCGUUGUGGGUGUGGAUCCGAAAGACGGACGUCUCGUGGCGAGGAGCACGGGAAUGCAGAGGAGUAGCAGGGUAGGUAGUGUUGCGGCGGCGAAUGCGUUGUUGGUGCUGCCUCAGCGCGAGGGAUUCGUGGAGGAUGGGGCAGAGUGUGAGACGUUAAUGAUGGGGAUGGUUUUAGGGUUCUAA